AUGGGUCGAGUUUAUACUCUAGAUGCUAAGAAGGCUAAAGGAAAUAAUGAUUUGAUUGUUGGUAUGUGUCACUUGAAUAAUCAUCCUUGCUUUGUAUUGUUUGAUUGUAAAGCAACUCACUAUUUUAUAUCGAUUCAAUGUAUGGAGCGCCUUGCAUUGAAAGCGGCUCCCUUAUCCCCCUCUAUGGUGGUAACUACCGCCGCAGAUGAUGUUGUGGAAAUACAAUGGGUGUGUGAGAAUUGUUUACUAUCGGUGAAUGUGUUUAUUGGAUACGAGGAAAAAAUAAUUAUUAUUCCAAUUGAUGAAGCUACUCCGAAGGAUGUGAUGACUACUAUUUUGAAAGAAUCAAGUGAAAGGUUGAAGGUUGCACAAGUUCCUGUAGCUUACGAGUUUCCUGAAGUUUUCCCCGAGGAUGUUACUUCUUUUCCUCCAGAAAAGGAAGUGGUAUUCUCUAUUGAUCUGAUACCUGGGACAAACCAAAUAUAUGUCGCUCCGUAUCAUAUGUCACUGCUCGAGCUAAGGGAAUUGAAGAAUCAAUUGGAAGAAUUGUUGAAUAAGCACUUUAUUCAGCCAAGUGUCUCACCAUGGGGAGCCCUAGUGUUUCUAUUGAAGGAGGUGAUGGUGGAAUGCACUUAUGCAUUGACUAUCGUCAAUUGA